AUGGUUGCCGCACGAAGGUUCGCGUCGCAGCACGACCUUCAAGCAGGAAGCGUAUGGGCAUUGGCCGAGGAGAUGGGCUUGAACCGUGCUUGGGCGGCCGCGAAACAUCGGCAGUCACCGGAGGUGACAGAGAUGCCGGUGCACGUUGGAAGCCGAGUGCGUUCGCCCGAACUGCCAACAGGGCAGUCCGUCAUCUCUCUUUACUUGGGCCACGACUCGGGUAUCACUGUCAGUCAAUACGGCCGCAUCCAGUGUGUCCUCGAGUUGGAAAGAUAUUUCAAUAUCAGAUAUUUCCGACCCAAUGUCAGCUCACCAGCUGACAAAUAUCAGGGGGAAUGGCACAAAGCGCUUCGUGCCGUGGAGAAGCACUGCGAGUAUGACGAUGGGCAAAAGCCCUCUCAUUUCACCGAUGGCGUUAUCGUCUUUGCCGGGGACUUCGAGUGUUACCAACUUUGGCUACGGGGUGUUGUGACUAUGAUAUUCACUGUGGAGCGAUGGCAUAUGGUCGACCAUCAUGAGGCACAUGCUCUCCUGGGCUACUAUUCUUCUCCUUUCCACUCCAAUCCCUCUCGAACUACCAUGGUACUGUCCUAUGACUCUGCCGGCAACGAUGGAUCUUUUAAUGUGUAUGUGGCGUCGAAGGGGAAGUUAGAGCGCAUUGCGCAGCUGGCGUAUUCCCUCGGGAAUGCAUACGACAUAGUUGGCGUUCUGAUGCCCGAAGUGUCAGGCCAUCCCCUCACGGAUUUUGUGGACUGCAACGACACUGACGUCCUGAACACCUCGUCGGACGCGAAGGUGAUACGGGUGGGUACCUUCCACGAGAAGGCUUAUCAGAAGCUGAGUUGGGCAGGGAAGCUGAUGGGCUACUCUGCUGUUGGCGAAGUUCGUGAGGACCUGCGCGAGUCCAUGCGAUUCCUGCUCGAGGAAUGUCGUUCCUUCAUUCCGGGUGGUAUGGGUUUGCCACUACCCAUCGUGCGGGCUGCCUGCGAGUCUCUGGAUGGCCAAAGGGCCGUCGCGGCGACGAUGCAGUCGGAAUUCGAGGAGUUCUUUCUCAGCCGCUUGGAGGCCUUCCUGCGCUUCUUGGGGUGCCUUGGCGGCCUGCACCAGGCAUAG